AUGGGAAACUACGUCUACGACCAGCAUUUCAAGGGCGUCCUCUGUUCUCCGCUCUUCGAGGGAAAAUCCUACAAGGAAAUCUACGCCAUGGUCGACCGCGUUCUCGAAGACAUCGGCCUCAGCGGGCGGGUGAAGCUCUACUGUGAGCCGCCGUCUCUCCUGCACAAAAUGAAAUACCACGUUCGCAAGCACUGGCCGCUGGAGAAGUAG